AUGAUCUCCUACUACCACAGCGGGAAGGACGCGGACAUCGCCGCCAUGAGAGAGCCGCUGUGCCUUGAGAGAGAUGUGUGCAGGGUGGUGGAGCUCCUGGAUCGGCUGCAGAGGAGCGGGGAGCUGCCUCCUCCUAAACUCCAGGCUCUACAGCGGGUUCUCCAGAGCAAGUUCUGCGCCGCCAUCCGAGAGGUAUAUGAGCAGCUCUAUGACACUCUGGACAUCGUGGGGGGUCCAGAUGUGCGUGCACAGGCUGUGGCCAAGACAAAAUCCGCUCUCUGCCCCUCCCUCCGCUCUCUGCCCCUCCCUCCUCCCUCUGCCCUCCCUCCGCUCUCUGCCCCUCCCUCCCUCCGCUCUCUGCCCCUCCCUCCGCCCCUCCCUCCCCUCCGCUCUCUGCCCCUCCCUCUGCUCUCUGCCCCUCCCUCCCUCCGCUCUCUGCCCCUCCCUCCGCUCUCUGCCCCUCCCCUCCCUCCCUCUGCCCUCCCUCCGCUCUCUGCCCUCCCUCCCUCCGCUCUCUGCCCCUCCCUCCGCUCUCUGCCCCUCCAUCCCUCUCUGCCCUCCUGCCUCUCUCCCUCUGCUCUCUGCCCCUCCUCCUCCGCUCUCUGCCCCUCCCUCCCUCCGCUCUCUGCCCCUCCCUCCGCUCUCUGCCCCUCCCUCCUCUCUCUGCCCCUCCCUCCUCCCUCUGCCCCUCCCUCCGCUCUCUGCCCCUCCCUCCGCCCUCUGCCCUCCAUCCGCCCUCAGGCCACUGUAGCAGCGUUCGCCGCCAGUGAAGGCCACGCCCACCCGCGCGUGGUGGAGCUGCCCAAAACAGACGAGGGGCUGGGCUUCAACAUCAUGGGGGGCAAAGAGCAGAACUCCCCCAUCUACAUCUCCAGGGUGAUCCCCGGGGGCGUGGCCGACCGCCAGGGGGGCCUCAAGAGGGGGGACCAGCUGCUGUCUGUCAACGGAGUGAGUGUGGAGGGGGAGCACCACGAGAAGGCGGUGGAGCUGCUGAAGGCGGCUCAGGGAACAGUGAAGCUGGUCGUCCGCUACACGCCGCGGGUCCUGGAGGAGAUGGAGGCGCGCUUCGAGAAGAUGAGGAGCGCUCGCCGCCGCCAGCACACCACCAGCUACUCGUCCCUGGACCCCACCCCCUCCCCUCUCCAGCCCCACCCCCUCCCCUCUCCAGCCCCACCCCUUCCCCUCUCCAGCCCCACCCCCUCCCCUCUCCAGCCCCACCCCUUCCCCUCUCUAGCCCCACCUCCUCCCCUCUCCAGCCCCACCCCCUCCCCUCUCUAG